UUUGGGUCAAUCCAAAAGUACCAUAAUUUCCAGUAUAGUUACUCCCAAUUUACAUCAAUACAUGUUUAUUUCAAUCCAAGCUAAAAUUUCUUUUAAGAGACUGAUGUAAUGCCAGAUUCUCAGUGACAUGUUUUGUAAUGAUAAAGUUUUGAUUUGUAUAUUUUCAGCCACAUCUUCACUACCAGGAGAAAAAAAUCUGCAUCAACUACAAAGUAAAGCAGAUGGACUCCUUUGCCUUGAAAGUAAUUUUUGGACAACAGAGUGAGAAGCUUGUGCUCUCUUCAGGAAUACCCAGGACUGUUGAGGAGUUGCAUGAGACAGUGAGAGAGACAUUUGGGCUAGUUGAGGAUUUCACAUUGCUCUAUUAUGAUGACUCAUUUGGAGAUUUCUUUACACUUCAUUCUCCCAACCAAAUCAAAGAUAGGGGUACAGUCAAAGCUGUGGUCAUUCCAUCAGUAGUGCUUACAUUGAUUCCUCAGUGUGAAAAUCCCUCAGAUGUAAGUUCACUGAAUGAAAGUUCAAGCUCUUCAACCUAUAAAACCACAAAGGACCAAACAGAUGGAUCAUCUCUGUCUUCAGACAACACUGUCAUACUCUCCCCUCUUCAAAGUCCUCUGAAGACUCAAUGGCCAGAUGAAAUUGUCAUUCCACUUUUCUCUGUGGCAACAGAGACUGUACUGAAAAAUGCCAAUGAAGUCUUUGUUCAAAAUGGCACUGUGCUGAACAAUACUUCAUUCAAGUCAGAUAUAAUGGAAAAAUUAGCUGAUUAUAUGUACAGCUACACAGCCUACCCUACUGGCCUUCAGAUUGGAGAAGUGGCAGAGGCUCUGGUCAAAAAGCACCCAUGUCUGACAGAGCCAGGCAGUCGUAAUGGCUGGAUGGGAUGGAUGUAUAGUCUUAAAUACAAGAUGGGAAAUUACAGGUCAAAGUUACGAAGUCUUGGAGUUCCAGAGGUAACUUUCAACUCACUGAAGAACAAGCACCCUGAUGACAAGGCUCCAGCGAAGAACAUAAAGAAGGCGCGGAAAGAAGUGCUGUUUCUGCCACACUAUCCAGGACAAGAUGGUAAAGAACAGCAAGAGCUGGAGCGACAACAACUAAUUGAUGAGUGUAAGAAGAAAAACAGCACAGCCAUCAAGGAUUUAAUGUGCAAAACCUUUGCACAUAGAAGACAUGAUAUUAUCAGCCAACAGCUGAGUGUCAGCAACAUCAAGGACAGAUGGCCGGCGUUGUUUGACAUCUCCCAACCAGCCAGAAGAUGUCCAGGGAGACCAUCCGUCUGUGACCAUCCUGCCAGACCGGCUACAUCAUGUCGUAUGACCGACAUGACGUCUGCAUGGGCUGCCUCGGUCCUCACCAUGCGGACCUGGCCCUCACACCUUAUUCCUAUUGCCGCUCCUGUUAGCUCCUCCCACCAGAGGAAAAGCAGCAGAGGUCAGCCUUUUUCAAGGCUGAUGCUGAGGAGGCGUUCCCGCUAAGAGAGAGGUACUCACUGGAAGAAGCCAUCGAGUUCUUCGAUGGUGGGCCAGAAUUGGAUGAUUCCACCCACUGUGAGGAAAACGGCAGUGGUGGCAGCUCCACUGCCUCCCAGCUGGGCAGCCUGGCGACAGAAGGGAGGCGAAUAAACGGACGCUCAUCCAUCCCUGGCCUUCACAUGUCGGCGAGGACGCCUCUCCCAGUUGUUGGUGCGCUGCUCCUGGAUCUGCCUGCAUCAUCCAUGAGGAUGCUGGUGAGAAGGGACUUCCCGUCCCUCAGCCUGCUCCACCCCCAUCGGAUGAUCUGGCGGGAAGGUAUGGCUCCGCUCACUCUCGUUGUCCAGAUCCCAUCUGGCCUCAGUUCCC